CCAAAGAUGACUCUUUUCCUUGGUUUUAUAAGAAUCACAUCUCCGCGUCGAAGACAAUCCGCUGGUUACUCCUCACUCUCCCACCUUAUCUUCUAGGUAUUGUUUCCAUUUUUUCCUCUAUUUUAUCCCUCACUCCUUCAUUUUCCUUUCCUGAUUAUUCUUCUCCCUUCGUUUCCUUUUGAUUCAUCUCUCCUAAUUGAUUAGUCUCGGUAUUUAGUUUUCUCACCUUCACAUCUUAUCGCAAAUUUGAUUCCUCUGCUAGUUCCGUGUAUAUUUUUUCAUCUGCUCUGUCUCGGUGAAUCUUUGGUUCCCUUGGCUGAUUAGGUUUCGAGUUUCAAAUUUAAUAUUCAUUCUUCUUUAUACACAAUUUUCAGUCUUGAUUAUUAAAAGUCAAACUUGUUGGUCCGGUUCUGGUUCAACUGGCAUCUAUGGAUACUCUUCUGGAGAACUUUCCUGGUAACCUGAAUGGAUUUAGAUUCGACAAUGGUCAUAUUUCAGAACUUCCAAACCAGAACCCUAUAAACGGGUUCACCCAUGAUGAUAAAUCGGACGUUUCGUCCUUUCCAACCAAUUCAGAGUUUCAUAGUGAGUCGGGCCAAUCUUCUAGCACGAGCACGAAUGAAGAAUCGGCGGACAGUAACAAAUACUCCAAUCCGGCUCUCAGAUUCAUAAGUGAAAUCCUCUUGGAUGAAGAAGAUGACCUGGAGCGCAAGCCUUGCAUGUUGCAAGAUUGCUUAGCACUCCGGGCUGCUGAAAAAUCUUUCUACGAUGCCCUCGGUCGUAGUUACCCCUCUUCUCCUCGUCAACUCUCUGAUUGCUUCCAUGGUGAAAACACUGAUAGCCCGGAUGAUCAAAACUUCCUUCCUACCCAUAGUUUCGAGAGCAGCAGCAGCUAUACCACUGAUAAUACAUCUGACUCCGAAUGGGUGAACGGUGUUGUCAAUUCCCCAGAAAACAUCCUCGAUAUUUCAGAUCUGCCUCCCGAUCUAUUUGGAGUCACCCUUGAUCGGAGCAAUCUGCAGCUGAAUCUUGGGGGUUCCAUGCGCAACUCAGGAUCCAGAGGAAGAAGGGAAAAGAGAACCCAUCGGAUGAGCGAUUCUAUAAACGAAGGGAGCAGAGGCAGCAAAGUUUCUGCUGUCAGUUCAAAUGAUUCAGAGCCAACGGAAAUGUUUGAUGAAGUGCUUCUCUGUAAUCUCAGAACUAGUCAAUCCGAGUUAUGUGGCCCACAACCAUCUCAGAAUGGUGCACUCCAUCUAAAUGUUGACUCUGGAGGAUCAAACGGGAAGGCAACGCGUUCAAAGAAAGGGUCUAACAAGGGGUCAGCAGUAGAUUUGUGGACUCUACUAACCCAAUGUGCCCAAGCUGUUGCAAGCUUUGACCAAAGGAAUGCCAAUGAACUUCUCAAGCAGAUCAGGCAGCAUUGUUCCCCUUUUGGCGAUGGGCUCGAACGGUUGGCUCAUUACUUUGCCAAUGGUCUUGAGACCCGUUUGGCUGCUGGGACACCAUCAUAUAACCCCCUCAAUGGCAACGAAGCAACUGCUGCUGAGAUGUUAAAAGCUUACAAACUAUACAUCACAGCGUCUCCUUUCCUCAGGAUCUCAAAUUUCUUGGCCAACAGAACAAUUCUGCAGCUGGUAGAGGGUGAAAAUAACCUUCACAUUAUUGAUUUUGGCAUUUGCUAUGGUUUUCAAUGGCCCUGCCUUAUCCAGCGUCUUUCAGAAAGACAAGGUAGUCCUCCCAAGCUUCGUAUCACAGGAAUUGAGUUUCCUCAAUCAGGGUUUCGGCCUGCAGAGAGGAUUGAGGAGACAGGACGAAGGUUAGCAAACUACUGCAGGAGGUUCAACGUCCCUUUCGAAUACAACUGCUUGGCACAGAAUUGGGAAACCAUCCGACUGGAGGAUCUGAAGAUCGACAGAACCGAAAUAACUGUGGUUAACUGUUUAUACAGAUUGAAGAACCUGCCUGAUGAAACUGUGUCUGUGAACAGUCCAAGGGAUGCUGUCUUGAAGCUGAUAAGGAAGAUCAAUCCAAAUAUUUUCAUACAUGGCGUUGUCAAUGGCACCUUCAAUGCCCCAUUUUUUGUCACUCGGUUCAGGGAGGCAUUGUUCCACUUCUCAUCUUUGUUUGACAUGUUUGAAGCCAAUGUGCCCCGGGAAGAUGCAGAGAGGUUGUGGUUUGAGAAGGGGAUCUUUGGAAGGGACGCCAUGAAUGUUAUAGCGUGCGAGGGGACAGAAAGGGUUGAGAGGCCAGAGACUUACAAGCAGUGGCAGGUUAGGAAUCGUAGAGCUGGAUUCAAGCAACUCCGCAUUAACGCGCAACUCGUUAGUAAAGCUCAAGAAAUGGUGAGGACCGAAUAUCACAAGGACUUUGCGCUGGAUAAGGAUAGCAGGUGGGUUUUGCAGGGAUGGAAAGGGCGUAUCAUUCAUGCUCUUUCUAUCUGGAAACCUGCUUAGACAAUCACGAGAGAGCAUCGUAGUGCGCUCUUGACCUGUUUUUCACCUCGUCCAUUGGAGCAUGGAGUAGAUACUAGAUGGUGUUUUAGUGUUUCCUAGCUAGUGUAGCAUGGCAUUCUCUUGAUAUGUAACGAUUUCUCGGGAAGCUUAGAAAACAUACAUCUGUCGUUAACUUUCCCGCUGGAAGACCUCCAAUGUAAAGAGUUAUACUUAUAUCAUUGAAACGCUUCAUCAUCACAAGAC